GUCUUCCCACCCGGCGGGGACCUUUAGCAAGAGCGGGUGAUGUAAUUCUUUGUGGUGGCCGCAGUGGCAAGAUGGCUCUGGAUAGGAAACUGCUGGGCGCUGACCGGGGGGAGGCACCUGGAGCGGGGGGUGAGGAAGACGAGGGACAGAGCCUUUGGUCAUCAAUUCUUAGUGAAGUGUCCACCAGAGCAAGUUCCAAAUUACCCUCUGGGAGAAACAUUCUGGUGUUUGGUGAGGAUGGCUCAGGGAAAACUACUCUUAUGGCAAAAUUACAAGGUGCAGACCACAAUAAAAAAGGAAGAGGACUGGAGUAUUUAUACGUCAGCAUUAAUGAUGAAGAUCGAGAUGAUAACACUCGUUGCAAUGUGUGGAUUUUGGAUGGAGAUUUAUACCACAAAGGCCUUCUCAAAUUUGCUUUGUCUGCUGACACUAUCAAAGAGACUGUGGCUGUGUUUGUUGGGGACAUGUCCAGGCCCUGGACUAUUAUGGAAUCGCUGCUUAAGUGGGCCAGUGUCUUGCGAGAGCACAUAGACAAACUGCGAAUACCACCAGAAGAGAUGAGAGACCUGGAACAAAAGAUUGUAAAAGACUUCCAGGAGUAUGUUGAACCAGAAGAAGCAUCCUCAGCAUCACCACAGAGAAGAGGUCCUGCAGCGUCUGGGCAAGAAGAGGAGAACAUUAUUCUGCCACUGGGAGACAACAUUCUGACUCACAAUCUUGGCAUCUCUGUGCUGGUUGUUUGCACUAAGUGCGACGCAAUCAGUGUAUUGGAGAAGGAGCAUGACUACAGAGAUGAACAUUUUGAUUUCAUUCAGUCCCAUAUCCGGAGGUUCUGCUUGCAGUAUGGAGCUGCCUUAAUUUAUACAUCUGUUAAAGAGGAAAAAAAUCUGGAUUUGUUAUACAAGUACAUUGUACAUAAAGUCUAUGGUUUCCAUUUUAAUCAUGCUGCAUCAGUGGUUGAAAAGGAUGCUGUUUUUAUUCCUGCUGGCUGGGAUAAUGAAAAAAAAAUAGGCAUUUUGCAUGAAAAUUUCUCAACAGUAAAACCUGAAGAUAUAUAUGAAGAUUUUAUUGUGAAACCACCUAUUAGAAAGCUCGUCCACUAUAAAGAAGUUGUAGCAGAAGAUGAUCAGGUGUUUCUUAUGAAACAACAGUCUCUUCUUGCAAAGCAGCCAGCUACUCCUACAAGAGCCUCGGAAUCCCCAGCCCGAGCACCUACAGGAUCCCCCCGCACAGCAAGCCGCACUGGUUCCACCACUGUUCCCAGUUCCUCUCCUAUGACGAAUGUCAAGAAGCCAGACCCUAAUAUUAAAAAUGCAGCAGCCAGUGAGGGUGUAUUGGCAAGUUUCUUUAACAGUCUGCUGAGUAAAAAGACAGGAUCCCCUGGGAGUCCAGGAGGUGGAACAGCACAAGGUGCAGUUAAAAAGACAGGACAGAAGCCCAUACUGACUAACGUCCAGGAAGAACUGGAUAGAAUGACCUGCCAGCCAGAUACUGUGUUAAAUAACUCCUCUGCAACGGAGAAUGAGGCAUGACCCGCUUGUCAAGCUAAAGGAAUACAAAACAAUUCUAUAUAUCUAUGACCAAAUAAUAAUGUAUAAUGAACUGUUAAUACCAAGGCCACGCUGAUGUGGAUGUUGUACGUUUCCUUGUGGGUAGAGGCAGUUGCCUCAAGAAUUACAAUUUUGCCUUGAUAAUACCAUCUGCUAAUUCCUUAAGUGCAGGAAGGGAGUGGUGUUGCACGUCUUCUUGCACCUAUAAGCACUUAACGGGUAGUAUAUGCUGGCUUGUCAAUAUCCUAUGGGAUAAAAAAAAAUAACUACACACAGUUGUCAGAUUGGACGCCCCCUUUUUCUGUUACAAAGCCUGCUAUAUUUAACAUACUGGGCACUGCAGGGACAAAAGUUAGUAAGAAACCAAAAUGGGAUGCAAUGUUAUUGAAACUAAAUAUAAAAGAGCUCCAGGGUGUGAGAAAUGAGGGUGUUAACAAGUGAGAAUGAGAAGAGGAACUGUGUGAUAAAUUCUCCCCCAGUGAUUUUAUCCCGCUUUAUCUGGAAAGCUCUGUGGAAGGGUACAUUUAAUGCAAAUGGAAGAUUUCAUCCCUCAGUCGAUUAGCAAAAACAGAAUACUCCCUGUCGGGAAAUCUAUGCCUUUAUUUUUAAUAAAGAAAGUGGGGGUUUAUAUGCAGCAGUUUAGUCUGGUGGAGACCAUUCUGAACAAAAUGAUUGGUCAGUUCCAAGUGCCUGGUACGGUUCAGGAUGUGCCACUAGGAGAUGCUUGGAGUAGUUAUGCACUGUAAUAAGUCAUUUUAAAUAUAUAUUAUUUGCAAAAUGUCUAGAAGAAGUUUGUGUGUUUUAUGUUUUCAUGUAAUUUUCCACAGAGCCCUCUACCACCACUGACGUGACUGUUCAUGCUCUCUACACUAGUGCAGCACAGGGUGGGUUAUAUGCAAGCCAGCUUAGAUUUUAUUUUUUAUUUUUUUGCAUUAGACGUGAUUAUUUUAAGAAUUGUCAGUCUAAAUAGCAAGUGUAUUUUAUGCAGGUUAUUUUAUACAUUGAUGGUUAUAUUUUGGAUAUUUAUCUGUUGAUGCCUGUUGCACCUAAACAUCCAUUAGUGGUUUAUAGAACAUUGGAGGUUACAUAUCAAAGUGUGACACAAACUUUUAAUUCUAAAUCAGCCUUUUUGUCUCUCAGUGCUAGCAGUUUCAUGUUGCCAUGGAUAAUUAAAAUAGGCAAUUUUCUAAUUAUUGGGUUUUUUUAUUAUUUUUUUACCUCAGUUUUCAUAAGAUUUUUAUUAGCAUCAUUGAAAAUGGAAAGGUUACAAUUUUAAAUGCUUGUUUGCUGGGAGAGUCUCAAUAGAAUGUAAUGUAUACAUUUUCAUGUAAAAAGUAACUGACCACUAUAUAUUAUUAUUAUUGUGGUAAGAAGUCCAAUUUUAAUAUAUAACACUAUCUAACGCUACAAAUGUUUCCUUACCUCUGAGUAACCUCUCUGCUCCUGCUUUUUAAUAAUUAUUAAUAAUGGACAUUUGCAUCACUUCUUUUCUAUGUGUAUUAUAACCUCAAAGUUUAUUGAAUAUUUUAUGUAGGUUCAAAAAGGACAUAACAAGCCAGAAGCUUUAGAGAAGGGAUAUUGCAAGUGAUUUGAAGACAAUAGGUAACCCUAAAUGUGUUGCAGUCCAUGGAGCUACAUUAUUUAUAUGUACAUAUUUUUUUUUUUUUUCCUCCCUUUUCCCAAGUACAUUUUGUCUGUUGCUAAAACAGACAUGGUCACUGUUUGCUGUUCUUUGACCAAUCAUUCAUUUUCAGGAGACUUUGUGUUGGUGAGAACACAAAGCUCUAGACCCAACUUGCACAGUUUAAAAGGGUACCUGUCAAGCGCUAUAUUGAAGUUAAGGAGUUGCAUGUUACUAUGUUUGUGCCACUAAAGAGAACCAUGGACAGGACUGCAGAGGCCACUAUGCCUAAUAAACCUUUUUGGGCUGCUAUAUUUAAAAAAAACAAAGUUAAGAGCACGAGUCUCAUUUUCUCACAGGGGAGUCUCAUAUUUUGUUUUGUUAAUCCAUUUUGUUUCUAUUGAACAAAUAUGUUGUAAAAGCUAAAUGUUGACUGAAAUACACUUCAGCACGUACAUUUUAUUGUUCUUAUGAAACUGGAACAUCAUUGGCACACUUCUCUGUAUUAGUUUAAGACUGAUAUACAAAACGCACAAUUUGCUAAUUUAUUUUAAAAAAAAAAAAAAACUAAGUUUGCCAACAAAGUGCUUAGUUUAACCGUUUGGAUCACUGAUCUUCUGUUUUUGUUCACAUUUCCCAUUUAAAACAAAUUACAGUCCAUUUGUUCCAUUUAGUUAUCAAAGUGCAUUUAAAAUAUUGUUAUUUUUACUGCAUUGGAAUUAAAAGUUUAACUGCGUUAAA